GCUAAGCUACCUGAGAUCUACAUGGCUUGCCAGUCCAUGCUAAUUGUGCUGGUGGGCGCCGUUCCAGAGUACCACACAGAGCCCGUCACGGACAGCAGCGGAGGUGAUGUAACGCAGUCCGUCACUUUUACGGAUGACGUGAGCUCCAUCGUGACGGAGUGGUAUCUGGUGAACCAGCAGGCCUACAAAGUUAGUCUGGCGGGAUCUCUGUUCUUCACCGGUGUGCUCGUCGGGAACGUGCUCUUUGGGCCGCUCUCCGACAGGAUCGGGAGAAAACCCGUGUUCCUCACAGGCAUGUUUUUCGAGCUCCUCUUUGCCUACAGCAGCGCCCUGGCGCCCAGCUACGAGCUCUUUGCCCUGUCCCGCUUGUUGAUGGGCAUGAUGAAUGGGGGCAUGGCUCUGGUCUGCUUCAUCCUCUCUCAGGAGUAUGUGGGGAAGUCCUACUGGGCCCUGACAGGAACGCUGACUAACAUGACAUUUGCCGUGGGCAUUGCGUUGUUCGCUCUGCUUGGUUACAUUAGGCAGUGGCGUAACCUAGCAACGGCAGUCAACUGUCCCGGCGUGCUGCUCUUCCUGUUCUGCAUCGUCCUGCCCGAGUCGCCACGCUGGCUAUACUCCAGGGGGCGCUCUUCGCAGGCCGAGCGUGUGCUGCAGGCUUUCGCGGUGCGGAAUGGCAAGGGCCGGGUCACGCUGAAGUUGCGUCGCGUGCUCAGCCCGGCUGGCCCUGACGCGUCCGGCCCGGGGCUCUUCCGGCUGGCCACUCACCCUGUGCUCCGCUGCAGGACUCUGGUCCUCAUGUUCGUCUGGUGCGGGAGACGGAGAUCUUUGUCUGCGUUUCUCAUCCUCGCAGGUCUCUUCUGUCUCUUCUCCAUGGCUGUUCCUGUUCACUCUGGUGGUGGUGUUUCCCUACAAGCUCAGGUCUUCUACCAGAGGCCUGGGAGCUUGAGAGUCCUGCGUAGUAUCUUAGCUGUUCCCAGGACUGCACUCUUCUGGACAGACAUCUAGGAUGUUGUUCCUGGCAUUUGCUGGAGCCAUUGGGGGUCAUUUGGGAUGAAACCCUCCGUACAUUGUGAGACAUUUCCUUGUUUUGAUGUCAAUGGCUUCUAUCUCCUCCUUUGGCUGCCUUUUUAUUCCAACGGGGUAUCUGAUAAAUGGCAGAGCCUAGGUGUUGAUAGCCUGGAUCUUGGUUCUCCCAUUCAGCUGACUUCUUGGGACUUGCCUAACUCUUUGUAGGUCCCCCAACAUCUGACACAGAACUUGCUGACCCAGACAACAUCCAAGCCGCUGUGAAUCUCUUGAUUAGGCACAACAACAUGCAACUAGAAGGCUUAGAACUACACACAGUGAGACUGCAUAAUAUGCAGACAGAAAAGCGGAUCUUAAAUACACAAGGAGGGGUCAGUAGACUGAGAAUAGGCACAAUCAAUAAGCAGGGUAGUUAUAUCUAGUUGGCAGAGGUUGGCUGGAGGAUCAUAGGAGUUGGAGUCCAUGACAGAAGCAGUACGGGAAAUGGAAGAAUCAGGUGAGACAUAUUUUUUUAUACUUUGCUGCACAGGCAAGUGCAAUCAGCAGAGGAAAAAUGUCAAAAUACAGUGGCAGAGAGCCAUCAAGCAAGGGAAAAAGGAACUGCAUGCACCUGAUCACAUAACCAUUGGGGUUACUAUCUGGUUCUUCAGUGCAUGACAGUUUAUUCUUGAGAGGAAUGUCAACUGUAGGUA